AUGCAGCGGAUUGUCUGGCGUGACGAGCAGGGCAAGCCAGCCAUUUACCGGUUGCUCACUGUAACUUACGGCUUAAAUUGUUCGCCCUAUCUCACCAUUAAGGUUCUGCACACGCUUGCUACGGAUGAAGAACACGAUUUUCCGGCAGCAUCAAAAAUAUUAAAGGAGUCGUUUUACAUGGAUGAUUGCCUGCAUGGUGCCGCAACCGUGGAAGACGCUCUGAAUAUUCAACGCCAGCUACAACAGCUUUUGCAGCGCGGCGGAUUCAACCUUCGGAACGAAACAAACGCUCUAGGAAUUUAUUGGCUGUGCGACACUGACAGCAUCGGUUACAAGACAAACGUAACACCUAUCAUUGGAGACAUCACAAAGAGGCAGCAAUUGUCCGAUGUGGCCAAAAUCUAUGACCCGCCGGGUCUACUAGCACCUGUCGUAGUUAAAGGUAAAGCUAUUUGUCAGCAGCUGUGGUUAUCGGGUGUCGACUGGGACGAUCCCAUUCCUGAUCCACUUCAACAAGAAUGGCGACGCUUUAGAGACGAAAUGCCUCAAAUCAGAGAACUCAAAGUGCCCAGGUGGGUUGGAUCUGAGCCCAGUGUAUCCAGUUACCAACUGCAUGUAUUUUCUGAUGCCUCUACUGUGGCAUAUGCUGCUGUCGCGUACCUUCGUGUGGAAACUUCUGGUAAUGAUGUAAAAAUAUCAAUUCUAACCGCUAAGACUAAGGUGGCACCACUGAAGAAGAUAACCAUCCCGUGUUUGGAGCUAAAUGCUGCUCUACUCGCAGCGAAAGUAGCCGCUAAAGUGCUGUCAACACUGCAACUCCCAGCGAUUCGACUUUACUGUUGGUCGGAUUCCAAAACCACGCUCAGCUGGAUUCGAUCAAAUCCUGGUAAACACAAGCAAUACAUCAGCAAUCGUCUAACUCAAAUCCAAGAGUUAACACCAAUCAACGCUUGGAAGUAUGUACCUACUACAACGAACCCAGCCGACAUCGCAUCCCGGGGUAUCUUCCCGUCUCAGCUCGCAGGGUUGUCGCUGUGGUGGCGGGGACCUCCGUGGCUAAAUCGUCACUCAAGCACCUGGCCUGAACAACACAACGGUUACACAGAUCCAGACGAAGAAUUAGUUCUCUCCCUAGUGACGAUUCCGGAAGAGUCCAAACCAACCAUGCUCACGACAUUGCUCCAAAAAUACUCGAAUCUCAACAAGCUAUUGGCAGUCACAUCUUGGUGUCAGCGUUUCCUUGCCGCACUGAUGAAGCGACCCCAUGAAACAACUCUAUGGUGCACUGUGACUGAAAGAACCGCGCCCUUGCAAUUCUGGAUAAGCAAACCGAUUUGCCAGAAGAGCAAGCUCCUCAAAUUGAACCCAGUUUUGGAUGACGAUGGUAUUUUGCGUUUAAACGGGCGGUUGAAGAACGCAAACAUGCCUUUCUAUGAACAGUUUCCAUGCUUGUUACCGAAACAGGAUCCUCUGUGCACGUUACUGAUCAGUCAAGCGCAUGACUAUACGUUGCAUGGCGGCGUUCAAUCGACUCUCAACUUUAUAAGAAGAAGAUACUGGAUUAUUGACGCUCGUUCGUCAAUCAGACGAUUCAUUCAUCGUUGUAUAAAAUGUUUUCGUCACUGA